CUGCCUCACAGCAGCAGCGGCAGCAGCGGCGUCGUCAUGUCUGGUCGGGGCAAGGGCGGCAAGGGGCUCGGCAAGGGCGGCGCCAAGCGCCACCGCAAGGUGCUGCGCGACAACAUCCAGGGCAUCACCAAGCCGGCCAUCCGCCGCCUGGCUCGGCGCGGCGGCGUCAAGCGCAUCUCGGGGCUCAUCUACGAGGAGACGCGCGGCGUGCUCAAGGUGUUCCUGGAGAACGUGAUCCGCGACGCCGUCACCUACACGGAGCACGCCAAGAGGAAGACGGUCACGGCCAUGGACGUGGUCUACGCCCUCAAGCGCCAGGGUCGCACUCUGUACGGCUUCGGCGGCUAAAGCUUUGCGCUCCUACCCCAGACUAUCGCUACACAGACCCAAAGGCUCUUUUAAGAGCCACCCACGUUUUCUUUCAAAAGAGCUGUUUUACAAUGUUACGUGUUCGUGACAACGAUGAUACUGCGUUGGGAUUUUGCUAAAGCCCUCGGUAAUGCUUCCAAGGCUUUUCGGGUGCUGUCAAAUGUGGUAGUUCUGUGUUAACGGGGAGUUCGUUUCUAUGGUACGAGUUGGGGGGUUUUGUGUGUUCCAAGUUCCUUUACAAAAAUCACUUGGAAAAAUGUAGUGAAAACGUGUUUUCCCAUGUUCGCCUAUUUUUAACAACUGAAAUGUUAAAUUAUGUCUUUCCUAAUUUUGAUUGUAACUAUGUAUUAAGAAAUUCGAUUUUUUUCGACUAUGGAAAAAUCAAAUUUGCUCUGAGCUGAAUAUUUUCUUUCUGAUACUUCUAUUCUCUCUCCACCCCCCA